CGCGCCUGUCUCCGGGCUUGCGGCUCAGCUGGCGGCCGCUGUCAGAGGAGCUUUGGCCGUCAUGUCGCUGCUGUUCACGGAUGAGGAGUUCCGCAGCGCCUGCAAGGAGCUGGACGAGCCGCAGCUGGACGGAGGCUGGGAGCUGUUUACUGAGACCAUGGGGGUCAAGAUCUACCGGCUGUACGACAAGGACACUGGACUUUAUGAGUACAAAGUCUUUGGUGUGCUCGGUGGCUGCAUCCCUGACCUCUGCGCAGACGUCUACAUGGACUUGACGUAUCGGAAACACUGGGAUGGAUACGUAAAAGAGCUGGAUGAGAAGGACUUCGGUGGAGACAGAGCGAUCUACUGGGAAGUGAAAUACCCGUUUCCUCUCUCAAACAGAGAUUAUGUGUACGUGAGAGAGCGGAGAGACCUGGACGUGGACGGCCGAAAGAUCUGGGUGAUCCUGGCCAGAAGCUCACCGCAGACUUCAUGUGCGGAGAAGAAAGGCGUGCUGAGGGUGAACGACUACAAGCAGAGUGUUGCCAUGGAGAGCGAUGGAGCCAAUGGCACGCGAGUGUUCAUGCACUACUUUGACAACCCCGGCGGCAUGAUUCCUACCUGGCUGGUGAACUGGGCAGCGAAGAGCGGGGUCCCGGGCUUCAUUAAGGAUUUGCAGACGGCCUGCAGCAAUUACAAAACGUACUGCGAGGGGAAAUGAGAGCAGCGGACGGUGAUGGCGGCUCACUCUAAAGAGCUUUGAUGAAUUUUCUUGCUUUGUCUUUUGGGGGAGGGGGUGCUAUAGGGUGGUGUUUUGGGUGAAUGCGGCAUGUUUCUCGCAGCUCUUCCUGUUUACCCGGGCAUGACGCGCUCGACCCUCGUUGAAAGGCUGCUGUGAAUGGAUCGGGUUCUGAUGUACCGCGGCAACCAUGUGAUGCACUCCUCGCCCUCUGGCCUUUAGCGACUUUCAGGGGAUAUUUUAUGUGACGCUCCGAAGAUCUAAAAAUGUUAAUCAUUCCUUAUGUCUCUAUUUGCUGAAAACAAUCUGCCUUGUUCUUGUUUACUGUCUGUGUUGAAUGAAACAGAUGUGAUAUACUUUAAGCUUGACCACUUUUGGGAUCGUGCACUAUUUGAUUUUGCUGGAAUUCACCUUUUGUUGCAAUAAAGUGGAUUUAUACAAAUAUUCACAGGUGCAGAAAUUAUGCGGUGGCGCAUAUGAGCUAAAGUUACUGGAUUAUUUCAUGCUGUACCCCUGUACCUUUGGGCUCCUUUUGUUCUGGUAAUGAAUGGAGUGUAGCUGUGUUAAUGCAAAUAAAUUCAAUCUGAAUUUA